UUCUGUUCAAGGGUUUUUAAUCGUUUGACAAGUAGUUGAAAUUAGAGGAGUUGGAACACGUUUUGACAGGAGCUGGGGGAACUAGAAAUACCUAUUAAUUAAUGUAACGACAAGGUUGGGGAGAACUACAAUACCCAACAUCCAUAUAAAGGACCAAGUUAAUGACCUAAAAUCACUUCUUUUGGUUUCAGCUCUUCUCUUAAGUUUUCUCUCUCAAACCUUUUGGGGGGUGGCAUCUGUCUGAUCAUUGAAAAUCCAGGAAUUAGGGAGAAAGAAUCCACGGUCGCAACAUGUCCACAAACGGGGAAGUGAUAGAGAAAGACGCAAAGGUUCCCUUAUUGCAAGAUUAUUUAUCAAGCUAUGGAGAAGAGAGGCAUGAUAGGGAUCUUGCAGGGAGGAUGUGGGAAGAAUCGAAGAAGCUAUGGCACAUAGUGGGGCCUGCGAUAUUCAGCCGAAUUGCCUCCUACUCCAUGCUUGUGAUCACCCAAGCCUUUGCUGGCCACCUGGGUGAUCUUGAGCUCGCUGCUAUCUCCAUUGCCAAUAAUGUCAUCGUCGGUUUCGACUUCGGUCUCUUGCUGGGGAUGGCAAGUGCUUUAGAAACGCUAUGUGGGCAAGCUUUUGGAGCCAAAAAGUACUUCAUGUUGGGCGUAUACAUGCAACGUUCUUGGAUAGUAUUGUUCAUGUGUUGUGUUCUCAUUCUGCCUUUGUAUCUAUUUGCUUCUCCGAUCUUGAAGCUGACCGGACAGCCCACAAACGUAGCUGAGCUAUCUGGGGUUGUGGCCAGGUGGAUGAUCCCUCUUCACUUCAGCUUUGCUUUUCAGUUCCCUCUACAGAGGUUCCUGCAGAGCCAGCUGAAGAACGGUGCGGUUGCUUGGGUGGCUUUGGUGGCUCUUGUUGUCCAUGUGAUCGUAAGCUGGUUGUUUGUGUACAACUUUCAGCUGGGGGUGGUGGGCAUAGCUAUUACUUUGAAUUUUUCUUGGUGGGUUCUAGUGAUUGGGUUGAUGGGUUACACCGUAUGUGGUGGGUGUCCUCUCACAUGGACUGGUUUCUCCAUUGAAGCCUUCUCUGGUCUUUGGGAGUUCGUCAAACUCUCUGCUGCUUCUGGGGUCAUGCUCUGCUUGGAGAAUUGGUACUACAGAAUUUUGAUACUGAUGACUGGAAACUUAAAGAAUGCAGAGAUUGCGGUGGACGCUUUGUCAAUUUGCAUGACAAUAAAUGGGUGGGAAAUGAUGAUUCCUCUGGCUUUCUUUGCUGGAACCGGAGUGAGGGUGGCAAACGAGCUGGGUGCAGGCAAUGGAAAAGGAGCCAAGUUUGCAACGAUUGUAGCAGUGGCCACAUCCAUUGUGAUCGGCCUCUUCUUCUGGCUACUCAUUAUCUUCUUCCACAAUGAGCUUGCCCUAAUAUUCUCGUCGAGUGAACCAGUCUUGAAGGCAGUUAACAAGCUCUCCAUCCUCUUAGCCUUUACGGUUCUCCUCAACAGCGUUCAGCCAGUUCUCUCUGGGGUGGCUGUGGGAUCUGGGUGGCAAUCUUAUGUCGCUUAUAUAAACCUAGGCUGCUACUAUCUGAUCGGGGUCCCCCUCGGCUUUUUGAUGGGAUGGGGCUUCCAUCAGGGAGUCAUGGGUAUCUGGGCUGGUAUGAUCUUUGGAGGGACUGCACUGCAGACCUUGAUAUUGGCCAUCAUUACCAUUCGGUGUGACUGGGAAAAGGAGGCAGAGAAAGCGAGCCUGCAUGUAAAGAAGUGGGCAGAGUCGAUUUAAAGCUGUGAUGGGCUGGCUUAUUGAAUUUUUAUUUGGCAUUUUUCCUUGGAAAAAGAUUCCACGUUUAUACCAUGUUGUGUAACUCCACCAAAAUAGUCCGAGUGUUAUCAUUCUUAGAUUUUUGCAAUCCAAAUUGACUAUUGGGAUGAA